AUGUUGAAAGAAAUCCAUUGUGUCGGACUGUAUCAUUCUUUUAAAGACGGCUUGCAUUUUCCAGAUGCAUUGGGUGGUGUCAAGCCUUUGUUGACUGUUGUGCCCAGUUAUGUUUUGUUUCGACCUUGGACACUGCUGACAGCUGGCUUCACCGAAUCUCGAAUUGUAUUUCUUAUCAAUCACUAUUUUAUCAACUUUAACAGAGAACUCGUAAAAUACAUUAUUGUGGUUACACUAUGCACGUACACGGCUACAACUCUUGCAUUGUAUCUCACCUAUGCGGCCUCCUUGGAUCUUCAGUAUCUAUUUGGUGUUCAAGCAAAUGGUCUUGGCGGACUUUUAUGUGGAUUUGUAGUUGCAUUCAAACAAGCAGUUCCAGAGCAUAGCAUAUCAGUAUUCAAAUUGGUGCAUAUUCGAGUAAAGCAUCUUCCAUCCAUGAUUUUUAUAGCACAUUUUAUUCUAUACGCUAUUGGGUUUAUCCAUGUGGCAUUGUAUAUUGAAACGUUUGGCAUGAUUGCAUCGUGGAUCUAUAUUCGAUUCUACAAGGUUCAGGACGGGAUUCGUGGCGAUCGCAGCGAAACAUUUUCCUUUGCUAGUUUCUUUCCAGAUGCAUUUCAUUCAGUUCUUAAACCCAUUUCUACUAUAACGUAUCGGUUUAUGGUCAAGUACCACUUACUUCCACCACUGCCUGCUAGACCGGUGAUUGGUGGUAUGGACAAUACACCACAACGGUUGCCUGCAGGUUCGGAUGGUGCAGAUGCUGAGCGAAGGCGUGCAUUGGCAUUGCGGACGCUAGACCAGAGAUUGCAGAAUAUAGAAGCACCGGUUCAACAAACAUCGAUUCAGAUGGAGAGUAUCACUCCACUGCAAUCCGAUCCAGAUGCAGCUACUAGUCAGCCCAAAACCAACAGUUCCGAGUAA